AUGGAUUUCGCCGGCGACGCCCUGUUGGCGGGCCACCAGCUCUACGCCCGCAGCGGUGUGUCGACUGGAGACGCCUCGGAAAAGCCCGCGGUUUACAAGGUUGUUGGAAUCAUAUUAGCACUGUCCUCCGGCCUAUUCAUUGGCAUAUCGUUCGUGGUCAAGAAGAAGGGAUUGCUGUCCGCAAACGAAAAGUACCAAGAGGAAGCUGGUGAGGGAUACGGCUACCUCAAAAACUGGAUGUGGUGGACCGGAAUGACCCUCAUGAUCAUCGGCGAGGUGUGUAACUUUGUCGCAUAUGCCUUCGUCGACGCGAUCCUGGUCACUCCCAUGGGCGCCUUGUCCGUCGUCGUCACCGCUAUCCUCUCCGCAAUAUUUCUCAAAGAGCGCCUGAGUUUCGUUGGCAAGGUUGGCUGCUUCAACUGCAUUGUUGGCUCCGUCGUCAUCGUCCUCAAUGCUCCCGAGCAGUCCUCGGUCUCCACCAUUCAGGAGAUGAAGAAGCUCGUCGUCACUCCCGGGUUCUUGUCGUACACUGGUGUUGUCAUACUCAUCGCUCUCUUUCUCGCUCUCUGGGCGGCGCCCCGGUAUGCAAAGAAGACCAUGAUGAUAUACAUCAGUAUAUGCAGCAUGAUUGGAGGGUUGAGCGUUGUUGCUACUCAGGGGCUGGGUUCUGCCAUUCUUGCGCAAAUCCGAGGUGUUUCACAGUUCAACCAGUGGUUCCUUUACGUUGUCUUGGUUUUUGUGAUUGCCACGCUUUUGACAGAGAUCAUUUACCUCAAUAAAGCUCUCAAUAUCUAUAACGCCGCGCUGGUCACGCCUACGUAUUACGUUUUCUUCACUAGUGCCACUAUUGUCACUUCUGCCAUCCUGUUCCAGGGCUUCAAGGGCACUGGAACGACCAUUGCCACGGUCGUCAUGGGUUUCUUGCAGAUUUGCUCCGGCGUGGUUCUGCUCCAACUUUCCAAGUCUGCCAAGGACGUUCCCGAUGCCGCAGUGUUCCAGGGUGACCUCGACCAGGUCCGAACGGUUGCUGAGCAAGAGGAGCCGGAAUACGAGCCGAGAGCUGACACCAUUCGUGGUGGUGCUGCUAUCAUCCGCACGUUCUCGGUUGCACGACAGAGGAGAGAAGCCGAGGAGGCGAAGACACUUGCUUCUGUGAGCAUGGAGCCUAUCGGGGAGAAUGAGUCUAUCGAAUGGGACGGUCUGCGCAGACGCAAGACGGUGCUCAGCUCAGGUCAGCCGUCAAUCCGACGCCAGAAGACGGUCCAUCCGCCGUUGGGCAUGUCGCAUUUUCCAGAUUCAGAUUCCGAGCACGGCGCCAACAGCGACGAUGAUAUCCAUCCCGGAUUUCUCUCGCGUCUGUCGACCCUCCGCAGAUCCAAGCGACGCCCAUCCCACGCGUCGACGCAUCCGGUGCCUCUGGAGUCGAUUGCGGUUCCUACCAAAUCCGCUUCCUUGUCUUCGCUGAAUUCACGAGGUCCUCCCCCAGCCCCUAGCUCUAUUAUUGCUCAAGAUUUCGCCACAGAUGGCGCCGGCAACCCACAUGUGUAUGGCCUCCCGCCGGGCCUCCGUACCGAGGGUCAUGAAGAUGACACUUCAUAUCACCCACCACCUGGAUCUUCGUCUAGCGGUGUCCACUGGGCAGCAUCUAUUGACGAGCGAGUCAAAUCGCCGGGUAGUAGUGGACUCAAUCCACCGCCGCCUCCGCCUCAUACUGCAGGCACAACCGGCUCCACCAAGCGUCAAUUCUCUUUCACUAACGUCUUCCACCCCUUCUCACGUCCCGACUCUGCGAGCAGUGAUCUCCGCCCCAUGAGCGCCCGCUCCGGCCUAAGCUUCGCCCAUCGCAAACCGGGCCACGCCACCCGCGCCAGCGGCGGCGGCGGCGGCGACACUGAGGAAGAGCGCCUCGGCCUCGUCAAGGGCGACAGCCGCUACGACGACGACAACAAUGACAACGACAACAACAACAACGGCAAGUCUCAACAACGCCAGGGCGCCUCGCACCUCCCAAGCCUCUCGUCGGACAGCGACGACGCCUUCUACGGCCGUUACGGCUCGCCGCCCACGUACGGCGACCUCAAGGAAUCCGACAUGGAGGACCCCGAGCCCGGCGUGCUGAGCGACGAGGAGCGCUGGACCGUGCCCAUGCCGUCGGCCACCGGCGCGCCGACCAGCGCCCCUGGUGGCCACAGCCGCAAUCUGACCGGCGGCGGCCUGUCGUCGGCGCCCAUGGACGUGCGCGUGCCGGCGCCGGGCGUGCCGCAGGGCGCUGCGGGGGUGGGGAGCAGCAGGGGCGCCUACGCGCACGCGAGGAGCACGAGCGACUCCUCGGACGAUUUUGAGGAGGCGAUACGGAAGUUGUAA